CACAAACACAGUCCAAAUACCAUGUGACCAGUUUAUGCAAUAAAGCCAAGGCUUUAUAUACUACCUGUAGGGACCAGUGUCCCUUAAGGGAGAUCCUCACAGUGCAGGUGUGUGUCGGUGCAAGUAAGGGAGUAAGGGAGUGAAGAGUGUGUUUUUGGACGUAGGGAAGAGCCGCUGCCUCAGCCUGGUGGAGAAGACCGAGGCCAGAGAGACACAGAGGGCCUCACAGUGAUAAAGUUGCCUAGCAAACAGUCCUAAGAGCUGGAAGAGUCUCGUGUGGUCUCAUCUGUGAAACAUCGGAGAGAACAACAACAAUGUUUUUUCGCAUCCCUCGACUGACCCCUGGAUACAUAAGAUACCUCCAGACUCAGGCAGCCCAGAAUGUGCUGCAGAGCCGGGAAGGCCUUGUGAUGCCGCGUAUGGCCAUCCUGCUGGGUUUCAUGGGGAUCGGCAUGUCCGGCUACAGCUCCCGCCAACUCACACUGAACUGCAAGCCGUCGAGUCACCUCUUUAGAUGAAACGGAUGAACUACAGGGAGCAUACACAUCCACACAUGCACAUGCAUUCCCCCUCCAC